UCUGUGUCUGUAUCGGAGAGCACCCGUCCCAGGAGUGUGGUGGUGGAGUUUCAGGUGCAGAGCUCCAGUCUUCUCCCCACAGUCAUCAUCCUCUCUGUCAACCCAGAGUUAGCAGUGUUUGAGACGCCCAUCGUAAACCCUACUAAAGUCUCUGGGAUCUUCAAUGUCCAGGUCGGAACAGCCAAUUUAGUCAAAUAUCAGUUCUCAGGUAUCUUUAUUGUCAUCUGCUUUUUAUACUGAUGAAGACAUUAAAAAAUGUAACAUUCUAACCUAACCCAAGCUUCAUGUCCACACCCUGGCACAACCCUAGUCUCAACCCUAACUUCAUGUCCACAUCCCAGUUCAACCCUAACCCUAGCUUCAUGUCCACAUACCAGUUCAACCCUAACUCUAGCCUCAACUACAACCCUGACCCCCAACCAUAACCCUAACUUCAUGCCCACAUCCCCGUUCAACCCUAACCCUAACUUCAUGUCCACAUACCAGUUCAACCCUAACUCUAGCCUCAACUACAACCCUGACCCCCAACCAUAACCCUAGCUUCAUGUCCACAUACCAGUUCAACCCUAACCCUAGCCUCAACUACAACCCUGACCCCCAACCAUAACCCUAGGGUUAUGUCCAUACGCCAGCUUAACCCUAAACCUAGCCACCUAACCCUAACCUCUGUUUUGCACAUGGACAAAUGAGACAUUAGUAAAGAUACAUGUUUUGCAACUAAUAUUGUGUAUAUGUGUAGAUAGUGUUGAACGGUUCUCUGGACUAUGAGAAGGCCAGCAUGGUGAGUGUUCGUCUGGGCCUGGUCACUCCAUCAGGCCGUGUAGACCAAACCUUCCAUAUCAGAGUGGUGGAUGAGAACAACACGCCACAGUGUGAACCUCUGUUCCAGCUGCCUGGUAACACAACCUCACCCCAACCACUACACAUACAUUAUACACUGUUUACGUGGCUAUUUCGAUGUUAUACUAUGGUAUAAGGUCAGUGUAUUGUUAAGAGGGACGUUGUAAUGAAUAGAUGGGCUGAUGAGUGUUUGUGUACAGGAGCUGAGGUUCAUGUCCCUGAGAACCUUCCUGUUCCUGUGACUCUCUACACUGUCCUGGCCUCCGACCCAGACCGCAACGACACUCUCUCUGUAAUAUACACACUACCUCCUCAUUACUUUAUGAUCUCAAUUGUAUUACUGUACCAAUACAUUGUCUAAUCAUAUUUAGUAUAGGUUUAGACCGAGUGUUGAUACCCGUUCUGGUUUGUGCGGCAGUUCUCUAUCAGUCAGGUCCUGCCCAACACCUCCAAAGAACAGUUCCACAUCAGUGGAGGUGGCAGCAUCAUCUCAAACCAACCAUUUGAUUAUCACACAGGGCCAAGGGUGAGGGUGUGAUAUGGUUGACCUUUAUGUAUAAAGAGAGAUUUUAGAAGUUUGUUUUAUCAGAAUGAUUUCCUCCUCGUGUGAUGCUGUUGAACAGGAGUUGAUGCUGUCUGUGGUUGUGAGAGACAAACAUGGGGCUAACUGCACUGGGACAGUCAGGAUCAAGGUGCUGAAAGUCUACAACCCUCCCCUGGAUCUGCUGUGAGUUCAGCAGAGAUGGAAUGAUGCCAUGCCUUCUGAAUGUUUAUCUAUCACCCCCAGUCCUAAGAGGUUUCAUUUCUGGGGUUUAUGAUACGAUUUGUGUUUAUCAGAUUUAAAUGUUAAAAGCUUGGUUAAUCCAGAUCUCUUGUCAGUCUUGUUUCCCAGAAUGUGUCCACCUUUGAGAACCAAGGACCCGAGGAUAUUGUAGCUAUCGUCAGAGCUAACCUCACCAUCCCUGAUGUACUCUACACUUUUGUGAAAGAUUAUCCCCAUUUCAAGAUUGGUAGAGGUUCGGAUUUUCUAAUUCUUAUCUCACCAAUAAUAUGUGAAGAAAAUCAAUGUUUUUAUAAUAUCCUCUAUGCAUUGAGAUGCAUAAAUAGCUGAAUCCUAAUUUGGGAUUUCAACGUGAAACUCAAUUUUCUUUGCGUAAAUCCUCGACAUCAGUGCAUAAUGAUCUGUUUCCUACAUAUAUUUAAUUGUUAGGGAACUACUACCAAAUAUCACUUAAAUUGGUACAGCACUCUCACUAACGGGUGCAACAAAUAUAGCCAAUUACAAGGCACACCUCAAAAUAUGUUAAUCAGUGAGAAACAACAAUACCAUGCACCCACUGGUGUUCAAAAGGUUUUUGGCGCUCCAAAAAUGCGGUAUGAUACUAUAUUCUGAAUUACAGUAAAUAACUGGCAGUAAUUAGUUAAUGUAGAGUUUCAGGACAUGGUUUGUAGAAUUCCUAAAAUACAGUAUUUUACUUUAUUCUGUGGUGGUACACCGUUCUCAUUCCUGGGUGCAACAAAUAUAGCCUCUUACAACCUUAAUAUGUUAAUGAGCCAGAGAUUCUUUGCCCUCCCACAUUUUCCCACAGUGCACCAUAAUUAAUACUGUAAAGCACAUUUACGGUAUUUUACGGUGCAUCUUACAGUAUUUUACUGUUGAAAGUACAUGAAGGUCUUACAGUGUGCUGCAAAACAAAUGUAUGGUAUUUUACUGGGCAUUAUACAGUAAUCUAGUGUGUACAGUUUAUACAGUGUCAUUUGGUCGAUUAAUACAUCAAGUUACCGAUAACAUUACAAAAAACGGCUAACAGUGAAGGAUUUGCGCCCAAAGUGUUGAACUGUCUCUCUUCCUGUCUUGUCCUAUCAGAGGACGGUAUCAUCAGAACAGCCUAUAACCUGGACCUGGAGGCGGAGCGGGCCCUGGCCCAAAGUGUUCUAUUGGUCAGAGCCUACAGUGUGGCAGUGGAACGCUCUGCUACCGCCACUGUCACGGUCAACGUUUUGGAUGUCAAUGAGUUCCCACCUUUCUGCUUCCCCUCAGUGUUUGUGUAAGUAACAUGACUCCACUGGAUCACUGGGCACCUGACUAAAAUCAGCCUUAUAUUACUAAAGUAUAUUUUUGAUAGAUUACAUUAGGUCAUGUCUAUGGCCAGGAGUUUUCUAUGACCAUGUUACGUGACCAUAACUCCUAUAACUGGGGUCCAUAGUUUUUUUGGUUAGGAGAAACUCUGGGGCCUACUCAUGUGCAGACUGCAGUGCCCCAAAGGCUGACUCAAGAGGAGGAAGCGUAGAGAGGAUAUAGGGGUGUAUAGUGUUAGACUAAUGGUGGUCAUUAGGACAAGACAAGCAUCAUUAUACAGUCUCCUUCACUACAGAUGAAUGACCACCCAGCCUGUAUGACCUACUUCAUACCCACCAUCAUUAUCCCUAUCAGGCUACAGCCUAAUUAUGAAUGAUGAUAUGUAUUAUUGGACAGAGGUUGGAGAUAAUUGGGUCUUAGCUGAAUUACUUUAGAACUGCUUUGAAUCAGUGCAGAGAAAUGAGUCCCAUUUGGGUCUGGGAUAAGGCGCUUAUGCAGUGUGUGAGGUUAAUUAUUGUUAUACAUAUUAGCUCAAAUAAAACAGAUGUUUAUAGUCUAAGAAAUGUAAGAAGCUGAACUUAAACAGUUUGAUAAUUUCACCUUUCUGUAAAUGGUUUUGGAAACAGAAAUAGAACAGCCGUUUGCCAGAUUGAACACAGACUGUGUGUCCUGUUGUGUUGUAGGCUGGAGGUGUCAGAGACCACUGAGGUGGGCAGCAGUCUGGGCUCACUGACCUGUGUUGACAUUGACGUCAGUAACCAGAGUGUGUCUCUCACACUUGUCGAGAACAGAUUAUCACUGUUCAAAUUCCGCCUCAGAGACGGACAGCUCCAGGUAACCAUGAUAAUGACAUAACAAUGCAUAACAUUUGAAGUGAGGGCUCGAUUCAAUCCGUAGCGCAGAAUAUCUGCAUUGUAGCGCGGUUCACAUUUAAAGGUAUUUUCCGAUUGAGCCGACAUAUGCAGCGGUUACAGUGAAUGCAGUCUCUGCGACUGCCUUUAAUUGUCAAUCGCGCUAUAAAGCCGAUCUUCAGCGAUACGGAUUGAAUUGAGCCCUGAAUCUUCCUGCCAGGUAAACAACACUCUGGACUACGACUCUGCAGAGAUAGCUACCAAUAACUUCCAGUAUGAGGCCACCAUCUUGGCUAUGGACACAGGCACCCCUCCUCUCACAUGUCAGUUUACUUUGUGUUGUUCCGUGUGUGUGUGUCAUGUACACAGUACACCAUCAUCUAAUGUAUGUGGCAGUUUACUUCAAAGUUAUAGGAUGGCAGUAUAACACAGUUUCUCUCUGUAUCCAGCCCAGGUGCGUGUGCUGGUCAGUGUGACCCCAGUCAAUGAACAUGAUCCAGCAUUUCAGACUUUGUUCUUCAGUGUCCCAGAGGGCACCAGGCCUGGUACGGCAGUGGGGACGGUGGUGGCCAGAGACACAGACUGGCCCUUUGACAACAUCCGCUACUCCAUCACUUCAGGAGAUGCCAUGUUCACUAUUGACCCUGAGGGAGGUGAGGCUACAGCUGAGCACACAGGGAUCAUCUUAAGAUUAUUAGUUAACAUUUAACAUCCAUAAAUAUGUUGCAUGUACCAACAUGUAGAGUGGCCCCUUCUCUCUCUCCAGGGGAGCUGUAUCUGGGCGGAGAGCUGGACUUUGAGGAGCAGCAGGUGUAUGUAGUGAGGGCUCAGGCUGAGGAUUAUGAACAGGAUGUGGACCGUACCAACCGCAAGAGAAGAACAGUGGACAUCACUGUGCAAGUGGAGGUGAGGAAUGGACAGAGAGCUAAAGCCCCAUUGUACAUUUAUCUAGUACAGUAUAACAGAGUACAUACUUUCAGACAUUUAUCCAUAUAAUACCAUAGAUUAAAUAGUUUUGGAUGUAAACUGUGAAAACUAAUAUGAUUACUGUGUAUCCAUUCCAUCCUCUCUCUUCUCUGUCAGGAUGUGAAUGAUAAUGCUCCAGUGUGUGACCCAAUCUCCUAUGAGUCCACCAUCUUCUCCACCUUGUCUAAUAAACUCCCCAUCCUCUCACUCAGCUGCACUGAUGCAGACGACGACGAACUAACAGCUACCAUCGCUAACGGUACAGUGUGUUUAUGUAACUGAGUGUAUGUUUCAGUUUACACUAAUAUUCCCCAGCUGAAGAUUUUUUGCAUAUCUGAGCAUGUGUGAUUUCAUUAAUGACAGGUGCUGCAGUGGACCGGUUUCUGAUGACCGGGUUGAGUCUCUUCUCCAAAAAUGUGUUCUCCUACGUAGUGGAUGGGGUUUAUGACCGCACCAUGUUUGAAGUCACCAUUUCUGUGUCGGAUGGCAGGCAUCACACUGCGACUGUGGCCUACAUCUAUGUAGUUCCCUGGACCACUACUGUUCCUACUACUACCACUACAGUAAGAUCAGCCCUGUAGAGACAUGGUACACACCACUGUAACACAGCUACUGCAUAUGAAGGAAAACCUUUUACAAUAGGAGACCCAUAAGAGACUGUAUCAUCUCUCUGCUGUCCCUCCUCUAGGCCAAGCCUCCACAGGUGGUCACUGUGAUGUCAGACUACUGGGAUCCAGAACCUUGGUUUGUUGCCGUGGUGACGGUUACCGGUGUCCUGCUCCUGGUAGUCACAAGUCUGCUCAUCUGGACCAUACUGAGCCGGUGAUCACCCCCCACACACACUGAUCACCUGUGCCCAACUCUCUCGCUCUAGACUCUCUAUAAAAGAGAUAAGAAUAAGUCUGAAGUGAUGAUGUCGAGCAAGGUUGCACAACUCUGGUCCUUCACGACCUCUGUUCAAUUAAUCCGCUCACUGAAGAGUUCACAAGACCUGCUCUCCCAUGGAAGCAGCAGGGUUUUCGGGCAGGGGUUAAGGUAUUAUAACAGUUCAUAAUAAGCAUUUUAUGUUUAUGCCUGCAGCGUCUAUGGUUGGGGACUAAAAUACGUGCCUGAACCUACAUCAAAUAAGACGUGAGUGCCAUUAGAGAACCAAGUUGUGAAUUAUAAACGUUUUACCACUAACUCACAACGUACUGUAUAAUAUGUUAUCUGAGCAGGGAAGAGAUCGGCAAAAUGAGCACAGAAGUGAGUCAAAAUGGAGCCAAUGAAAAUGACCAGGUAAGUUUGGAUCAAUGGUUUCCAAUUGCAUCCUGCUAAGAAUAAAUGAUGUGGAACAACAUGGGUUUACCUUUGAAUGUGUUUCUCCAAGGCCUCACUAGAUGGCACUCUAAGUCUGUCUAAAGUCAGCAUACAAGACGACCUGAUGGUAGGUGUUCAUUGCCUAUGGAAAACUCUAUUAUGGGUUACAGUCUGCAUGAGGUCCAGGCUUAAUAGAGAUUUAACUUGUCAUUUCUGUUCUCUCAGAGGUUUGAUGGGAAGGCACAAGAUCCAGGUAAGAGCUGUGCUUACAAACCGGUUUCAAAAUGUUCCAAUAUUCAUAUUAAGCAAAUCAUCUUCUGGAAUUUAUCAAAACAUACGAAUUAAUCCAAUGUUUUCAGGCCUAAAAUGUGAGAAGUAAUUCGAAAACAUGUUUUUUGUUAGUUUCAGGGCGCAGUUACCUGUUCAAGUCGACCACU